GAUGGGAUGGCUAUAAACAUGGAUAUCUUGGGAGGUAUACCGACCUCUCACUCCUGUAUCACACUCUUGUUUUUAAAUUUGAUUUUUAAGUUAUGCGGCAGUCUCCAAGGAACCUCACCACAGAUUUUCCAAUUUACACACCCAGCAUACAAUGCAACUGUUUAUGAAAAUUCUGCUGCUAGAACUUAUCUCAAUAGUCAAACCAAAAUUGGCAUCAAGCUAGCAAAUCUUUCUUGGGAUAUAAAAUACAGAAUAAUGUCUGGAGAUGAUGAAGGUUUUUUUAAAGCUGAAGAGGUGGUAAUAGGAGACUUUUGCUUUCUUAGAAUAAGAACAAAAGGUGGGAAUUCUGCUAUACUGAACAGAGAAAUUCAAGACAACUAUUUAAUAUCAAUAAAAGCUUCAGUGCGAGGAGAGGACUUGGAAGCUUGGACAAAAGUGAAUGUGCAAGUCUUAGACAUGAAUGAUUUACGACCAUUAUUUUCCCCGACAACAUACUCAGUAACAAUAGCAGAAAGUACGCCAAUACGGACAAGCAUUGCGCAGGUUACAGCUACAGAUGCCGAUAUUGGUUCUAAUGGCGAAUUUUAUUACUAUUUCAAAAACAAAGUUGAAUUGUUCUCUGUUCAUCCCACCAGUGGAGUUGUGUCACUAAGUGGACGUCUGAACUAUGAUGAAAAAAAUAGAUAUGAUUUGGAAGUCCUUGCUGUAGACCGUGGCAUGAAAUUGUAUGGUAAUAAUGGUGUAAGCAGUACUGCAAAACUUUAUGUUCACAUUGAACGUAUUAAUGAACAUGCUCCCACUAUUAUAGUGGUUACUCACAUUCCAUCGGUUUUGGACCUUGAUCCAACAUAUGCUGUUGUUACUGUAGAUGACAUUGAUGAAGGUGCUAAUGGAGACAUUGAAUCAGUUUCAAUAAUUGCAGGUGAUCCAUUGCAGCAAUUUAUGUUAAUAAAAGAAGGGAAAUGGAUCAAUGAGUAUAAAAUUAAACAAAAAAGUCCAAUUGAUUGGGACAAUUUUCGUUAUGGUCAAAAUUUAACCAUUCAAGCGAAAGACAAAGGUUCUCCUCAGAAGUUUUCAGCUGUUAAAAAUGUUUACAUUGCUAGUCCUAAAAAAGAAAAGCCCAAUGCUAAGUUUAUUAAAGAUUUAUAUGAAGUUACUAUCAGUGAGUUCUCUCCACCUGGAAUUGUGGUGGAUGUAGUCAAAGUACAGCCAGAAUCAGCAUCCAUGGAAUACAAAUUAUCUGACAGCAAAGAUUCAGAUUAUUUUAAGAUUAAUAGUAGAACAGGACUGAUCACCACUGCCCGUCAUCUAAAUGUCCCUGGGAAUGAUAAAUAUGAAUUAGAAGUAACACUAAAAGACAAUGAUGCUAAAGCACAAGUAAUUAUCACAUUAGAAGAUGCCAAUGAUAAUACUCCCGAGUUCCAACAUUCUUCAUAUGAGUCAUUUGUCAAUGAAAGUGUUCCUGUAGGUACAAGCAUUUUGUCUGUUCUAGCUUUUGAUAAAGACAGAGGAGAAAACGGAUACAUCACAUAUAGCAUUGCUAGCCUGAAUUCUUUACCAUUUGCCAUCAAUCAGUUUACUGGAACAGUUAGUACAUCUGAGGUCUUAGAUUUUGAGUCAUCACCAGAAAGUUACAGAUUUAUUGUUAGAGCCUCAGAUUGGGGGUCACCAUACCGUCAUGAGAGUGAAGUAAAUGUUACUAUUCAUGUAGGAAAUAUUAAUGACAACAAACCAUUAUUUGAAAAAGUGGCUUGCCAAGGAGUGAUCUCUUUUGAUUUUCCAACUGGUGGACACAUCACUGCAGUAUCUGCAAUUGAUGUAGAUGAAUUAGAAUUAGUAAAGUAUAAAAUUAUAUCAGGUAACGACCAAGGUUUUUUUUAUUUAAAUCCAGAUUCUGGUGUUUUACAACUUAAAAAGUCAUUUGUUAACUCUGGCCUGAGAAAUAGCAACUUUGCUCUCAGGAUCACAGCUACCGAUGGGGAAAACUUUGCAGAUCCUAUGUAUGUUAACAUAACAGUUGUACAUGGAAAGGUGUCAUCUAAAAGCUUUAAUUGCAAAGAAACACGAGUUGCCCAAAAAUUAGCAGAAAAACUUCUAAAAAAAUCUAAAGCCAAUUCUAGAUUGAACUAUGAAGAUCAUUUAUUUGAUUAUUUUUCUAUAAACAGACAACCACCCCAGUUUGACAAAUCAUUUCCUUCAGAUGUGUCUGUGAAAGAGGACCUUCCUGUUGGUACCUCUAUACUUAAGAUUAAAGCCAUUGAUGCAGAUUCUGGAUUUAAUGGGAAAGUUAUUUAUACCAUCUCCGAUGGGAAUACAGAUAGUUGCUUUGCCAUUGACAUGGAAACUGGGCAGCUUGCAGUCAUGAUGCCCAUGGACCAAGAAUUGUCUGAUAAAUACCUACUUAAUAUUACAGUGUAUGAUUUAGGCAGCCCUCAGAAAUCAUCAUGGAGAUUACUGACAAUUCACAUAAAUGAUGCAAAUGAUAACAGCCCAGUUUUUCUACAGGAAAGUUACACGGCUACUACUUUAGAAAGUACUAGUAUAGGGACAGAGUUAAUUCAGGUAGAAGCUCGAGAUAAAGAUCUUGGGCCAAAUGGUGAAGUCACAUAUUCAAUUUUAACAGACACAAAAAAAUUUGGAAUUAACAGCUCAAGUGGAGUAGUAUACGUGGCUGACCAAUUAGACAGAGAAUCUGUGUCAAACUACACCUUAAAAAUUGAGGCAAGAGACAGUGCAGAAAAUGGCCAACAACUAUUUUCUGUUGUUACUCUUAAAAUCUACCUUGAAGAUGUCAAUGAUUGUUCUCCAGUUUUUAUACCUUCAAGUUACAGUGCAAAGGUGCUUGAGGAUCUUCCAGUUGGAACUGUAGUAUCUUGGCUUGAAACACAAGAUCCUGAUCUUGGCUUAGGAGGUCAAGUGCGAUAUUCUUUGGUAAAUGAUUACAAUGGAAAGUUUGAAAUUGAUAAAACAAGUGGAGCUAUCCGUUUGAACAAAGAGUUGGACUACGAGAAACAACAAUUUUAUAACUUAACUGUGCGGGCUAAAGACAAAGGCCGACCAGUCUCUUUAUCUUCAGUUUCAUUUGUGGAAGUUGAAGUUGUGGAUGUCAAUGAAAAUCUCCAUACCCCAUAUUUUGCGGAUUUUGCAGUAACUGGAUCUAUAAGGGAAAAUUCACGCCUUGGAACAAGUGUCUUGCAAGUAGUGGCACGAGAUGAAGAUAAUGGACGAGAUGGGGAGAUACAAUACUCUAUAAGGGAUGGAAGUGGUCUGGGGAGAUUUAAUAUUGAUGAAGAGACCGGAGUUAUUUCCACUGCAGAUGUACUGGACAAAGAAACAACAGAUUCCUACUGGCUAACGGUAUACGCUACGGACAGAGGAGUCGUUCCACUCUUCUGCACCAUUGAAGUUUACAUUGAAGUGGAAGAUGUAAAUGACAAUGCACCACUGACUUCAGAACCUAUUUAUUAUCCUACUGUCAUGGAGAAUUCCCCAAAGGAUGUAGCUGUGCUUCAGAUUCAAGCAACAGAUCCGGAUUCAAAUUCAAACGAUAAGCUGACCUACAAGAUCACAAGUGGAAACCCGCAGAACUUUUUUGCUAUUAACUCCAAAACAGGUCUCGUUACCACAACAUCAAGAAAGUUGGACCGAGAACAACAGUCAGAACAUUUUCUUGAGGUCACAGUCACUGAUGGAGGAACAACCCCUAAGCAAUCUACUGUCUGGGUUAUAGUUCAAGUUUUGGAUGAGAACGAUAACAAACCACAGUUUCCAGAGAAGGUUUAUCAAAUCAAACUUCCAGAGAGAGACCGUAAAAAAAGAGGGGAGCCUAUUUAUAGAGCUUUUGCCUUUGACAAAGAUGAAGGCCCGAAUGCAGAGAUCUCAUACAGCAUUGUAGACGGGAAUGAGGAUGGAAAAUUUUUUAUUGACCCUAAAACUGGCAUGGUAUCUUCCAGAAAGCAGUUUACAGCAGGAAGUUACGACAUCUUAACAAUAAAAGCCGUAGAUAAUGGACGCCCACAGAAGUCUUCAACUGCACGCCUCCACAUCGAAUGGAUAAAGAAACCACCACCCUCUCCCAUUUCUUUGACAUUUGAUGAACCGUUCUACAACUUUACUAUUAUGGAAAGUGACAAAGUAACAGAAAUUAUAGGUGUUGUAACAGUACAGCCUUCAAAUAUACCUCUUUGGUUUGACGUGGAAGGUGGUAAUGUGGACAGCUCUUUUGACAUUGAAAAAGGAGUGGGCACUAUUGUGAUAGCAAAACCACUUGAUGCCGAACUCAGGUCAUCUUAUAAUAUGACAGUAGCAGUUACAGAUGGGACAAAUAUUGCAACCACACAGGUGCUCAUCAGAGUUCUUGACAACAAUGAUAACGGUCCUGAGUUUUCUCAGCUAAGUUAUGAGCAAGUUAUCUCUGAAGAUGUUCUUCCAGACACUGAAAUUUUACAGAUCAAGGCCACAGAUAAAGAUGAAAACCACAAACUGAGUUAUAUAAUCCAUAGCAGUAUCGAUCCCAACAGCAUGAGAAAGUUCAGGAUUGAUCCUAAUACUGGUGUACUUUAUACAGCUGAACGGCUCGAUCAUGAAGCCCAAGCGCGCCACAUACUCACAGUGAUGGUCAAAGAUCAAGAAUUUCCAUACCGGCGAAACUUGGCUCGGGUGAUAAUUAAUGUAGAAGAUGCCAAUGACCACAGCCCAUACUUCACAAGCCCACUGUAUGAAGCAUCUGUGUUUGAGUCAGCUGCUAUUGGUUCAGCCGUCAUACAAGUUACUGCUCUGGACAGAGACAAAGGUGAAAAUGCGGAGCUCAUAUAUUCCAUAGAGACAGGAAACACUGGAAAUACAUUUAAAAUUGAACCUGUUUUAGGAAUCAUUACAGUUUCAAAAGAGCCUGAAUUGUCAUCCAUGGGCCAGUUUGUAUUGUCCGUGAAGGUAUCUGACCGUGGAAGCCCACCACUUUCUGCUGCUGCUAUUGUUAGAAUUUCCUUAACUAUGUCGGAUAAUUCGCACCCCAAAUUUUUGCACAAUGAAUACCAGGCGGAAAUUCAAGAAAAUGUAGAAGUGGGAACAUCGGUUAUCUUGAUAUCGGCAAUUAGCCAAUCCACAUUGGUUUAUGAAAUUAAAGCUGGAAACACGCAGGGAGCAUUCACAAUAAAUCCAUAUUCUGGAGUAGUAACAAAUCAAAAAUCCCUUGAUUUUGAGCAGAUAUCAUCAUAUCAGCUUAUAGUGCAAACAACUAACAUGGCUGGCAUGUCAUCCAACACCACAGUCAACAUUCAGAUUCUUGACGUAAAUGACAAUCCACCCAUUUUUCUCAGUUCUCAGUAUGCCGGUAGUAUUAGUGAAGCCGCUCCAAUCAACAGCAUUGUACGCAACUCUGAUAACAACCCCUUAGUAAUAAGGGCAACUGAUGCAGAUAGUAACCAGAAUGCACUGCUUGUUUAUCAAAUUGUGGAAUCAACAGCCAAGAAAUAUUUCACAGUGGAUUCCAGCACUGGUGCUAUUAGAACUAUAGCUCACUUGGACCAUGAAUCUAUUUCAUUUUUCCAUUUUCAUGUACAUGUUAGAGAUAGCGGAACUCCACAACUUACAGCAGAAAACCCUGUUGAAGUAUCUAUUUAUGUCACAGAUGUAAAUGAUAACCCCCCUGUAUUCACAGAAGCUGUGUUUGAAACAACUUUACUUUUACCCACAUAUGUUGGGGUUGAGGUGCUCCAGGUUAGUGCCAGAGAUCCUGAUUCAGCAAUACCUCCUGAAUUAACUUACACUUUAACAGAAGGCAACAUGAACCAUUUUGUCAUUGAUCCAUUUAGCGGGAUCAUUACAGUAAAAAAUAAUAGUUUGACCAAAGAUCAUUAUAUGCUUAUGGUGAAGGUAUCAGAUGGGAAAUUCUAUAGCACCGCCAUUGUGACAAUAAUGGUAAAAGAAGCAUUGGACAGUGGCCUUUAUUUCACUCAAGAUGUGUACUCCACUUCUAUUGCAGAGAAUAGCACAAACAUUACAAAAAUAGCAGUUGUUAAUGCUGUUGGUCACCAUCUCAAUGAGCCAUUAAAAUAUAACAUUUUAAAUCCAGGUAAUAAGUUUAAGAUUAAAACAACUUCUGGAGUUAUUCAGACAACUGGAGUUUCUUUUGACAGAGAAGAAGAAGAAAUGUAUGAUUUAAUAGUGGAGGCAAGUCGUGAGCGAGAUCACCUUCGUGUGGCAAGAGUUGUUGUCAAGGUCUACAUUGAGGAUAUUAAUGACAAUGCUCCUGUUUUUGUUGGGCUCCCUUAUUAUGCGGCUGUGCAGGUUGAUGCUGAGCCAGGGACUUUGAUAUAUAAAGUGACUGCCAUUGAUAAAGACAAAGGAAAAAAUGGUGAAUUGAAUUUCUUUCUAGAAGACAAUCAUGGUCAUUUUGAGAUUGACAAGUACAAUGGAAGUGUGACUCUGAGAAAAGCAUUCGAUUCAGACCUAUCUAACAUAGAGUAUGGCUUAGUUAUUAUUGCAAAUGACCAGGGUGAUCCCUCUUUAUCUGCAUCUGUUGAGCUUCCAGUUACUAUUGUCAACAAGGCAAUGCCAGUAUUUGAUAAGCCAUUUUACUAUGCUUUGGUUAAUGAGGACAUACAAAUGCACACCCCAGUUUUAAGCAUUAAUGCAACAAGCCCAGAAGGCCAGGGUAUAGUUUAUACUAUUGUUGAUGGAGACCCAUAUAACCAAUUCAACAUUGAUUUUGAAACUGGUGUACUAACUGUGAUAAGCCCAUUGGAUUUUGAACUAAAUCCAUCUUAUAAAAUAACUGUAAGAGCAAGUGAUUCACUUACUAGUGCAAGGGCAGAGGUUAUUCUUGACUUAAAUGUGCAUGAUGUUAAUGACAAUGCCCCAGUGUUUCAGCUCCUAUCUUAUAAUGCCACACUUUCUGAAAGUUCGUUGAUUGGGACACCUGUCUUGCAAGUUGUGGCUACAGAUGCAGACUCUGAAAAUAAUAAAGUUAUCAGAUACCAGAUAGUUCAGGAUGUCUUUAACAACACAGAUUCAUUCCACAUAGACAGCUCAAGUGGCUUAAUACUUACAGCUCGUUUGCUGGACCAUGAAGUAAUACAACAGUUUAAAUUGAAAAUCAGGGCUACAGAUAAUGGAUUCCCAUCACUCAGUAGUGACGUUGUAGUUACCAUCUACAUAACAGAUUUAAAUGACAAUCCACCCAUUUUUAAUCAAUUGAUUUAUGAAUCUUACGUGAGUGAACUUGCUCCUCGGGGACAUUUUGUGACCUGUGUUCAAGCUUCAGAUGCAGACAGUACUGACAAUGAUAGAUUAGAGUAUAGUAUUUUAUCUGGAAAUGACCGUGUAAAUUUUAUCAUGGAUAGCAAAAGUGGUGUUAUCACAUUAUCUAACCACCGUAAACAGCGAAUGGAGCCAAUGCAUAGCUUGAAUAUAUCUGUCUCAGAUGGUUUAUUUACAAACACAGCACAAGUGCAUAUUAAAAUUCUUGGAGCAAAUCUUUUCAGCCCUGUUUUUGCACAAAGCGUUUAUGUCACUGAGGUUAGAGAAAAUGCUGCUGUAGGAACUAAAGUUAUUUAUGUAAAAGCAAGUGAUGGGGAUACUGGAAUUUAUGGACAUAUCACCUACACAAUAAUAAAUGACUUUGCCAAGAAUCGAUUCUACAUUGACUCUUUAGGUCAAAUAGUGACUACAGAAAAACUUGACCGAGAGAAUCCACUGGAGCGUGAUAUGAGCAUAUUUCUAAGAGCUCUAGAUGGUGGAGGAAGAGCUGCCUUCUGUACUGUGCAAGUGAUUGUGGUAGAUGAGAAUGAUAAUUCUCCACAAUUUAAAGCUACAGAAUAUCGGGCUACUGUUAAAGCUGAUGUUGAAAAAGGUCAUCUUGUGACCCAAGUACAGGCCUUAGAUAAAGAUGAUGGCGCAAACUCACGAAUUACGUAUUCACUUUACAGUGAAGCUUCAGUGUCUGUAGCAGAUCUCCUUGAAAUUGACCCUGAUAAUGGUUGGAUGGUUACAAAAGGCAAUUUUAAUCAGUUAAAAAAUACUGUACUUUCAUUCUUUGUCAAAGCAGUAGAUGGUGGUAUUCCAAUGAAACACUCUCUGAUUCCUGUGUAUAUCCAUGUAGUACCUUCUGAAACCAUCCUUCCAUCUUUUUCACAACCUCAGUAUUCCUUUACAGUAUCAGAAGAUGCUGCCAUAGGAACUACCAUUGAUUCAUUUCAUAUUACACCUUUCUAUGUUGCAACAUUCAGUGUGGUAAAUGGAGAACUUGCUGAAAACAAUAAAGAUGGCAUUUUUUCCAUUGAUAAAGAAACAGGAAUAUUAAAACUGGACAAAAAAGUUGACCAGGAAACUACAUCACUAUUUCAAUUUAAGGUUGCAGCAACAAUACCCCUAGAUAAUAUAGAUAUUUUAACAACAGUUGAUGUAGAGAUAAAGGUUCUGGACUUAAAUGAUAACAAACCUGUUUUUGUCUCCACUCACUAUGAGGCUAUAGUAAUGGAAGGCAUGCCAGUGGGAACAAGCAUCAUCCAAGUUAAGGCAGUUGAUUCUGACUGGGGAGCAAAUGGCCAAGUUACUUACAAGCUUGUAUCAGACAGAGAAGAAGACAAUCUCUUAGAAACAUUCACUAUUGAUACGAAUAAUGGUUGGAUAACUACACUAAAAGAUUUGGAUCAUGAGAAGCAUCCCACAUACACAUUUACAGUUAUAGCAUCAGACCUUGGAGAAGCUUUGUCUCUAUCCUCCACAACAAUGGUGUCUGUAACAAUCACAGAUGUUAAUGACAAUGGGCCAAUCUUUGAGCAUGAAUUAUACAAAGGAUCUGUAAAGGAAAGUGAUUCUCCAGGUGAAGUUGUUGCAGUACUCAGUACAUGGGAUGAAGAUACAUCUGAUAUAAAUCGCCAAGUGAGCUACCAUAUUACUGGUGGAAAUCCAAAAGGAAAAUUUGCUCUUGGACUGAUACAAAAUGAAUGGAAAGUGUAUGUAAAAAGACAGCUUGAUAGGGAAGAACAAGAUAUGUAUUUUCUUAACAUCACUGCAACUGAUGGACUGUUUGUGUCGCAAACAACAGUGGAAGUAUCUGUCAUUGACGUUAAUGACAACAGCCCAGUUUGCAAUCAGGUAAUGAACACAGCAUCAUUUCCAGAAGACAUUCCACCAAAUAAAUUAAUUCUAAAAAUUGGAGCUAGGGAUGCGGACAUUGGGAUCAAUGCUGAAAUUCGUUAUUCACUCCAUGGUCUUGGCUCUGACAACUUUUAUUUAGAUGCGGAAAGUGGUGAGUUGAAAACAUCGUCCCUACUGGACAGAGAAAAGAUCCCAGUUUACAACUUAAUUGCUCGGGCCACAGAUGGAGGUGGAAGGUUUUGCCAGACUCAAAUCCGCUUAAUUCUUGAAGAUGUCAAUGAUAAUCCUCCAGUGUUUUCUUCAUAUCAUUACAGUGCCAGUGUCUAUGAGAACACGGUCACUAAAGCAUUGUUAACGAGAAUACAGGCAAAUGAUCCAGAUGUUGGCAUCAACAGAAAGGUUGUUUAUUCACUAGUUGACUCCACAGAUGGGCAUUUUACUGUAGACAGCACAUCAGGAAUCAUUAUACUGGAGAAACCUCUUGAUCGUGAAUUACAAUCUUCCUAUAAUAUUACAGUUAAGGCAAUGGAUUUGAGCCCUAUCCUCAGUAUGUCUUCAUUUGCCAUUGUAACAAUUACAGUAUUGGAUGUCAAUGACAACCCUCCAAUUUUUGAAAGAAGAGAUUACCUUGUCACAAUUGCAGAAGAUACAUCAUCAGGAACUCAAGUCAUGUCAGUUUUUGCAGCAAGCAAAGAUAUUGGAACAAAUGCAGAAAUAUGGUAUAGCAUCAGGUCUGGGAAUGAACAAGGAAAGUUUCAAAUACACCCCAAAACAGGAGCAAUCACAGUUAUUAAUAAUCUAGACUAUGAAAACUGCAAGCAUUUCUACUUGACUGUGGAAGCAAAAGAUGGAGGUUCUCCGCCUCUAAGCGCAGUCGCUACAGUAAAUAUUAAUUUAACUGAUGUGAAUGACAAUGCACCCAUGUUCAGCCAAGAGGUUUAUAGCGCCGUCAUAAGUGAGGAUGCGUCCAUUGGGGAUUCUGUAAUAAUGGUGUUUGCUGAAGACCUGGAUAACCCAUCUAAUGGACAAAUUAGAUUUUCUAUUGUUAAUGGAGAUCAAGAUAACCAGUUUACAGUUAAUCCAGUCAUGGGACUAAUCAAGGUUAAUGAUAAGCUGGACAGAGAAAGGGUGUCUGGAUAUUCACUUCUCAUUGAAGCAAGAGAUAGUGGCGUUCCUCCUAUGUCUUCAUCAGUAACUGUGAACAUAGAUAUUUCAGAUGUAAAUGAUAACAGUCCUCAGUUUACACCAGCAAACUAUAGUGCUGUUAUUCAGGAGAACAAACCUAUUGGAACAAGUAUUCUACAAUUAGUGGUCACUGACAAAGACUCGUUUCAUAACGGACCACCUUUUACAUAUAAUAUUGUAGCAGGAAACGCAGGAGGAGAAUUCUUACUGGACCAAACUGGAGUUUUACGUUCUGCGAUUAUUUUCCAACACAUGAGUGCAACUGAGCACCUUCUUUCUAUACAGGUGAAAGACUCAGGUAAGCCCACCUUAACCUCACAGACCUUCGUUCGGGUCAGAGUGAUUGAGGAAAGCGUUCACAAGCCUUCGGCCAUCCCACUGGAAAUUUAUAUUGUCACCAUGGAAGAUGACUUUCCUGGUGGUGUAAUCGGCAAGAUUCACGCUACAGAUCAAGACGUUUAUGACGUCCUUUCCUACAGUCUAAAAUCUGAGCAAAAAAGUUUGUUUAAAGUGAACAAUCACGAUGGAAAGAUUAUAGCUCUAGGAGGUUUGGAUGGUGGAAAAUACACGUUGAAUGUUUCCGUUAGUGACGGUCGGUACCAAAUGUCAAUAGAUGUUACAGUUCAUGUGGAGCAAUUAAUUCAGGAUAUGCUACACAAUGCUGUUACUAUUCGUUUUGAGAAUAUAACUCCAGAGGAUUUUGUUGGCCUUCACAUGCACGGAUUCCGGCGUACUCUUCGUAACGCAGUUCUAACACAGAAAGAAGACAGUCUCCAUAUAAUCAGUGUACAGCCAGUAACAGGCACAAGCCAACUUGACAUGCUUUUUGCAGUGCAAAUGCAAAACGGUGGCUUUUAUAAGCCUGCUUAUUUGAUUCAGAAGCUUUCAAAUGCAAGGAGACAUUUGGAAAAUGUGAUUCGUAUCUCCACUAUCUUGGAAAAGAAUUGCUCUGGAUUGGACUGUCAGGAGCAACAUUGCGAGCAAACCUUGUCUAUAGAUUCCCAUUCUUUAAUGACCUACAGCACAGCUCGGAUUAGUUUUGUAUGCCCACGCUUUUACAGAAAUGUGCGCUGCGUUUGUAAUGGAGGACUGUGUCCCGGAUCAUCAGACCCUUGUGUGAAUAAACCUUGUCCGGAGGAUAUGCAAUGUGUAGGAUAUGAAGUGAGCCAGAGACCCUUUGUCUGUCAGUGCCCGCCAGGCAAGCUCGGAGAAUGUUCAGGACACACCUCUCUCAGUUUCGCUGGAAACAGCUACAUCAAAUACCGUGUUUCUGAAAAUAGCAAGAACGAUGAGUUCAAGUUGGCCCUGCGAAUGAGAACUUUGCAAAAUAGCGCUAUUAUUAUGUAUACAAGAGCAAAUCCGUGCAUGAUCCUUAAGAUUGUCGAUGGCAAGUUAUGGUUUCAAUUGGACUGUGGCAGUGGCCCAGGAAUCUUGGGAAUUUCUGGCAGGACAGUUAACGAUGGCAAUUGGCACUCUGUCUUUUUGGAGCUAAAUCGGAAUUUCACAAGCUUGUCGCUGGAUGAUAGCUAUGUUGAACGACGCAAGGCGCCACUUUACUUCCAGACCCUAAGUACUGAUAGUUCUAUUUAUUUCGGAGCUCAGGUGCAAGUGGAGAAUGUUCGAAGCCUAACCGACAAAAGAAGUACUCAGGUCUUGGGUGGUUUCCAGGGAUGUCUCGAUUCUGUCGUCCUGAAUAACAAUGAACUGCCACUUCAAAACAAGCGGAGCAGCUUUGCAGAAGUGGUCGGCUUGACUGAAUUAAAGCUUGGCUGCGUAUUGUAUCCCGAUGCAUGUGAAAGGAAGCCUUGCCAGAAUGGAGGGAGUUGUACAAGUGUGCCAUCUGGUGGUUACCAGUGCAAUUGUCCCUCUCAGUUCAUAGGAAAAAACUGUGAAUCUGAAAUUACUGCGUGCUUCCCUAACCCAUGCAGGAACGGUGGCUCUUGUGAUCCUAUUGGGAACUCAUUUAUCUGCAAUUGCAGGGCAGGACUUAGAGGAGUUACGUGUGAAGAGGAUAUCAAUGAAUGUGAAAGAGAAGAAUGUGAGAAUGGCGGAACAUGUGUAAACAUAUUCGGUUCAUUCCUAUGUAAUUGCACUCAUGGAUACGUAGGACAGUAUUGUGGAUUAAGACCUGUGGUAGUACCUAAUAUACAACCAGGUCAUUCCUACGUAGGCAAAGAAGAACUUAUUGGAAUAGCAGUGGUCUUGUUUGUCAUUUUUGUUCUAAUCAUCUUAUUUAUAGUAUUCCGCAAGAAAGUAUUCAGAAAAAAUUAUUCCCGUAAUAACAUUACUCUUGUUCAAGACCCUGCUACUGCUGCACUACUUAAUAAAACCAAUGGAAUUCAGUUUAAAAAUCUGCGGAAUAGCGGAGAUAGUCGAAAUAUAUACCAAGAAGUUGGGCCUCCUCAAGUUCCUGUUAGACCUAUGGCCUACACUCCAUGUUUUCAAAGUGAUUCAAGGAAUAACUUGGAUAAAAUGGUAGAUGGACUUGGUGUAGAACAUCAAGAAAUGACCACGUUUCACCCAGAAUCUCCUCGGAUACUGACAGCCAGAAGAGGUGUAGUUGUGUGUAGUGUUGCUCCAAAUUUGCCAUCGGUGUCUCCAUGUCGAUCUGAUUGUGAUUCCAUCCGAAAAAGUGCCUGGGAUUCAGGAAAUGAUGGCAAAGGACUCGAUGCCGCAGAAGAAGUGACCUGCUUUGUAGGAAGCAACAAAGGAAGCAACUCUGAAAAUCAGUCUCUAAACUCCUUUCAGUCAGAUUCUGGCGACGACAAUGCUUCCAUUGUGACAGUCAUACAUCUAGUCAACAAUGUUGUUGACACUAUUGAAACUGAAGCCUCAGUUAUGGACCAAGGACAGAAUUACAACAGAGCAUACCAUUGGGACACAUCAGACUGGAUGCCAAGUGCACGUUUAUCUGAUAUAGAGGAGGUUCCAAACUAUGAAACAGCUGACGGAACUGCUACUCACCAUGGAAGUACAAGAGAAUUGGAAUCUGACUACUACCUUGGUGGUUAUGACAUUGAUAGUGACUACCCACCUCCUCAACAUGAGGAUUAUUUAAGCCAAGAUCAGUUACCACCACCUCUUCCAGAGGAUUACCAAGAACAUUAUGACACCCUCCCCAAAUGCCAACCAGUAACGGUGGUUAACACCCUUAGUCCUGAUUGCAGGCGACGUCCACAGUUUCAUCCCAGCCAGUACCUUCCACCUCAUCAUUUAUCAAGUGAAAUAGAGACAUCUGUUCCACAACACUCCUUUAGUACUUUUGUACCUGGUCCAAGCCAAAAGGUAGAAAAGACAAGCACAGAUAAUUUGUCUUUAUCCUUGCACAAUUCAGUGGGUGCUUCUUCUUCAGAUGUCUCAGCUAGCUGCGGAUUUGAGGAUACAGAAGUAGCCGUAAGUGACUAUGAAAGUUUGGAUGACUUUCGUAUAGACCAUUCUCACAUUCCCUACAUGGAGACACAACAUCAAACACAAGUGUGAAGGCCUUUUUGUAAUGAAUAUUAUCAAGAACUCAAGUCAUACAAUGGGCACCAAGCAGCAAAUGUGCAGAAAACUUGCUUUGAUAGUCUGUCAGUAAUUUGUUGCAAAAAAUAUUAUAGGCAAUCCUUUUAAUGUUUUGCUGAUAUUUAUUGCCAAGAGUAUGCACAGUAUUGGACAACCAAUUCCUAUUUGUUUCUGAAGUAGAACUAAUUCAUGUUUUAUCUCUGAAUUACUAGCUUUUUUUUAGUAAAUUUAUUAAAACAUGAAAAGUAAAAUUAUUGUAUGCCAUAAUUGUUCAUGGCUGUUAAUGUGGCUUGUACAAAUUCUCUUCAUUCACAGAUAUGUUGAAAAUGUAACAGUGAGCAUUAGGUGUGUCUAGGUAGCUGAAUAUAGAAAUAAUACAGGCUUAAAAGGGCUUAAAUCUUUAUUUAUUGGAAUGCAUAAUAUAUACAAAUUUACCCUAUCUUUACAUUGAAAAUGUGUACUGCUUUUGUUUAUAACUUUAAUCUUGAAUGUGGUGCUAUGGGGAUACCCUCAAUCAAUGAUCUAAGCAUAAACUAGAAGCGGAUAGGACCAUAUAAACUGAAAAUUGUCUUUUGAACCUUUACUACUACUAUGGGGUAUGUAAAGUUCUAUCUUCUUGCUUAUGCUGGGAUUGAUAUUGUGAUGAUUCAAGCUAUUAAAAGUUGAUGGUGCCCAAUUUUGACCACAGAGGUGUCCAAAGAUCAUUGGGUAUGUAAAAAGGGUACUAACUCCAGGAUACCUGGCACCCUUGUGGUGCUGUAGUAAUGAAUGACAGUGCAUGGCAACUUAAACCACCACUGGCGUCAAGAGUCAUUUAUUUGUAUAUGUUAUGCAGAGGCCAAAUAGCUCCCGAAAUGCAUUGAGGUUUAUGUCCUUUUAAUGAAAUAGCACAACAUUGAAAAAAGAAAAAAGAAUAAAAUAUAAUUAAAUGCUUUAACAAAAUACUUAUGUUACAAAAUAAAAAAGUGUAUAUAUUACAACAAAAAAAUAGCCAUACUUCUAAAUUAUCAUAAUUUUACGAAAGUGUGUGCCUUGUUAGUAGUACUGGCAUAAUGCAGUUAUCAAUGUCACCAAUUAUCUUCAGCACUAUUGACAAAAACAAUCCAAAAACACCCACACACAAAGUAAAAUGUUUUUUACAGCCAUUACUAUAUUGCAUAACCUAGCAAAAACAUUAUUAUUAAAAUAUAAAAGCAAUAAAAUGUAGAUCAUUACAUUUUUCUAUGUUGGUGGUAGUUCUGCAAUAUUACGUAUAACAUAACUUUUUUUUUAUAGUGUUAAUUUUCCCCAUGUUUGCAAAUUGUAGUUAAAAAUAGAUCUUUGUGGUAAAAUACUGGCACGAUUUUAUUUGAGAGAAAAAAAUAAGCUUAUUAAAGUGUAUCUGUAAGAACAAACAUAAAACAAAAAAAUAAAUAAAAAAAUAAUAUUAAGUAUACAUUUUAUGAGAAACUCUCCAGAACUAUUUGUACUGCCAGCCCCAACAUUUCUUUAUAUCCAUCCAUACAUGUCCACAUGGAUAGUUCUCAUUUGUAUUGAAGUAUUCAGGGCACAAAACUAAAAAAUGCAAUUACCAAAUAAAAAUACAAAUAAUCCAGUUUCUUCCAAAAUAACUUUUUUUUACUAUAAAUUUUACUUGUGCCAGUUUGUGUAGAUUUUCAUGUGUAAUAUCUACCAUCUGUGCAAACAGUAUUAUUGCAGAAACAGCAUAUUUUAUGUGUUUGGAAUCUUAGUCAGUAUUAAAUAUUUAAAAUGAACAUUUAAUCAGGAUGCUUUAACUAUUAUGUAAAGUAUUAACUCCCUUGGCUACCAGAGAAGUCAUCAGAAAAGGGCAUAGCCAUAAGCAACUAUAACAUUCCUAAAAUUGUAUAUUGGACAUGAUGUAAGUAAAGUCUGUGGCCAAAGUCAUCUAGGAAAUGUGUUUUGGACAUUUUGGGGUGUGGACUGGGCAGUCAAAGAUUCCUGUUGAGAAACUUCAACUGACAUACUGCAGAUUGCAGGAUGAUUCUGAGGUAUGCAUAGCAAUGCAUUGCAACCCUUUCUGACAGCCAAGAGAAUUAACCUUCACCUAUAAGGAUUCGACUUGUGUUACCAGAAAAAAAAUAUUCUAAGACAGGUGUAUACUCAUACUAAAUUUCGUCAAGAAAUGACCCAGUGGUUCACUUGUUUCACAUCAUUUAUGUAAUAAUUAUACAAACAAACAAAAUAGUAAGCAAGACAUUGUCUGCCAUUAUAAAGAAGCAGAUUACUUAAAAGGGCAGCAAAGCUGUAUUAUCACUGCCUAGAACUAUACAAACUUCAAUGAGUUGAAGUAAAUGCCAUCAUUUACCUUUUUUUUUUUUUUUCUUGUGAUCUAAAAGAGGAAAAGCUAUAGCACAGUUUUGGUAAGAUAUUAGUUAGAAAUAAAUAUUACUUAGGAGUUAGCUAACUUUGGUGAAGUUACAAUUAGAUAGUUACCCAUAGUACAGUGCAGUAUGUGGUUUUCAUUAAAUAUUUCCUUUUUUUAAAAAUGUGUACAAAAUGGAAUUUUGCUUAAAUGUAUGCAAAGAAACUGAAUUUUAAUCUCUUGAAUAUUUUUUUUUUCUUUUGAUGAUGAAUGCAAAUCCAGAUGACUUUUUUAUAUUCAUGUUACACAUAACCCAAAUGCAGUAUUUAAUUGGGAGUUUAUGAGGCCAUGCCAGGAUUUGCCUAUAAGUUCACACUUUUUGUUCUACAUUAGAGAAAAAGUCAAGUGGUUUGCAUGAGAUAAACAUUUUAGACUUGAAGCACGAGCAUCAAUGCUACUUUCCCAAAUAGUAUAGUAUUUUUGUUUAAACCAUGGGAGUGUAAGACUUCAUACUAAUGUUAGUUGCUUAUAUUGAAAACAUUCUAAUACACUGAUUAUUUUGACUGUGAUGCCAUAAUGUUUCUCUCAUGCUCUUUGUCUCCUUAUGUGUAUACCUCUCCUUUGGUCCUCCAACCUUCAUCACUCAUCCAAAAGCUAAUAGCUGAGUUUGGGGGAAUGACUUACCACUCUUAUUAAUAGUUGUUACAAGCCAAUAAGAAGGCUCCGUUUGCAUCAUUUGUAGGUUUAAAGCUGGAAGAACCAACAAAUGCUUUUUUCUUUUAAGAUGUAUAGAUUAUUAAGUACUAUAACAUAAGCUAUUUUUAGUUUCCAAUUAUUUGUUGAACAUUGAGGGCUGAACUGAGCUCUUUAAAGAGACAUUUAGUUUAAAUUUUUCUGAGGGUGUUGUAUACCUAGAACAUUUUUUUUUAACUAUGAGUUUUGUGCUUAAUACCCAUCAUGCACAGGAUUGAUUGACAUGCAAAUACACCUAUGGUGUAUGCGCACAUAUCAGAAGCAUGCAAUGCUAUAAGGGCAGCCAUACUAACUACACACACAAACACUAUAUUGCAAAGUUUGAUUGAAAACUGUUCUGAGCUGUAGAGCCUCAGCAUAGUUUAGACUAGGACCCUUAAAGUUUCCUUUUAGAAAAGGUGCUAAAUAAUUGAAUGAGUCUAUCUCUUGGCCAGGAGAGAGAGAGAGAGAGAGAGAGAGAGAGAGAGAGAGAGAGAGAGAGAGAGAGAGAUCAUGAUAUUCCAACAAUUUGGCACUUUCUUAAUAAACUCAUAUUUUGCUAUACAAAAUCUUAAAAAUAAAUGUUGAGUCCUUUUCAAGACUAUCAGCUUUCAUUUGAUUCUCCAAAAAAAAGUAAUUCAAACCAAAGUAUAUCACAUCCUGUUCACCCUCAUUUACAACUUAAGCCCUCCCCAUUAACAAGUAAAAAGAGUCAUUAUAGUGUGAGCACUUUGACUCCUAAUCUGAAAGUUCAGACACCCCUGAUCUAGCAUAUCACUGCCUUAUGAUGUUUGGUCAAGCCAAUGGAAAUUAUUAGUCAUUCAUUCUUGUGCAUUUAUUAUGGUUAUGAUAAUAAUUUUAUUUUAAGGUCAAACUAUAGCAUGUGUUGGCAUAUAUAUGAAUAUGGAUCAUGCAAACUUUUUUCAAGACUUAUAAUGUGCCAUUUUGUAAAAAUGACUCAAGUAUUUAGGGAAGAAGGAAAUUCAUAUAGUGUUAUAAUAUUUUUUUGGUCAUCUAUCUUUAGCAUUCAAUUGACAUACUACUGUAUAGUUAAAAGUGAAAGCUCGUCUAUAGUAUCCCUUAAAAUUGUAUAAUUUCUACAGAUUUUACAUAAAUCCCCUCUGAACUCUAAAGUCAAAAUCUUUACAUUGUACAUUCCUUUAUCUAAAAUGUCUUCAUUCAGCAGCAUUGAAUACAUACAUAUAUUACUGCAACAGUUAUGGACUGGUGGAUUUUAUUAAUAUACGCCAUGAUGGAUCAUUCCUAUUAAUAUAAGACUAUAUUACAGAUUUAGCACUUUACUUUGCUGCUAGACUAAAACAGUCUUUGAAAGUAUAAUUAAUAUUUAACAAAAAAUUGAACAGGUAUUGGAAUUUCAAAUUGUCCGUAGAUCUUGUGAAGAUUUCAUUGAAAGGAAUUUUAAAGUACAGUUUAAGAAAUGUUAUGAUAAUUUAAGUGUUACAUGAAGGGGGUGCAACCUUUUUAAAUGGCUCUGGAAGUCACUAUAGCAUUAUAAUAUGAUGGGUUUUAUUUAUAAGUUAAAUGAGGCUUCUAAGUUUUAAAGAGGUGGCCACUACAACCAUUCAGGCGCUAUACCAUGUGACUAUGUGGAGUUAAGCCAAGCUGCAAUUUGACAAAAACUGUAUUUUUCUCUGUUCGACACUAAUGUGUUAUAGUGAUUUAUUUAUGUUAUACAGUGAAAUGGUAAUGCAUUCACUGUAUAUUGUAAGUCAGUUGUAUAACAGAGAAACUGCAUUUAACUGGAAUGAGGCAUGAGAAAUCCUACUAAAAGCAUCUCACUGAGUUUGACAUUAAAGGGAUAUAAUACUCAAAAAUAUUCUAUCCAAAUGAAAAUGCUUUUUGAUCUGAUUUUUAUCUUUUAGUGAGAAGUUGAUUCCCAGGACUCAGUUUUACAUAAUCAGUUUUACAUAAUCAUUCACUGCCUGUUUGUUUCACUUUGCUUAUCCCUUUAAUGACCAAAGAUGUACCCUGUACGUCGCUGAUCUUUCUAUGGGGGUUGCUUUUUUUAUAGUGUUGUCUCGCGGCCAGCAGCAAAACCAUGUUAUAGAUUCGCGGACAAUCGGCCGCCAGCAGGGUGCAGAUGGACAGGUUAUGGAGCAGCGGGCUCGCCAGAAACACGGGCCCUUUUUUUUACGUAGAAAUGGUCAGGUGAUAUUUUCUAGUCAAUUUUUUUUACAGCUAUGCUGCACCACUUUCAAGUGUUUCAACAUUUGGGUAUCAUGUCCCUUUAAAAGGACAUGAAACCCACAUUUUUUUCAUAAUUCAGAUAGCGCAUGCAAUUUUAAAUAACUUUUCCAGUUUAUUUCUGUAAACUAAUUUGAGUUUCAUAUCCCUUUAACCUUUUUUCAUGCACAAUGGUUUUAGCCUGUUUAACCCUUUCAUAUACAUGGCAGAAAAUUUUGAAUAUUUUAGUCACUUUGCAGUCUCUUUAACUCACUGGCUAAAAACAUUUAGAGACAAUGGCCUCUAUUUAUAAAGGUCUGUCGGACCUGAUCAGGUCCGACAGACCUCGCUGUAUACGGCGAGAAAUACGUUCUCCGUAUUCAGCAUUGCACCAGCAGCUCACAAGAGCUGCUGGUGCAACGCUGCCCCCUGCACACUCGCGGCCAAUCGGCCGCCAGCAGGGGGGUGUCAAUCAACCUCAUUGUACUCGAUUGGGUUGAUUUCCGGCGAUGUCUGUCCCCCUGCUCAGAGCAGGCGGACAGGUUAUGGAGCAGCGGUCUUUGUGACCGCUGCUUCAUAACUGCUGUUCCUGGCGAGCCUGCAGGCUCGCCAGAAACACGGGGCAUCAAGCUCCAUUCAGAGCUUGAUAAAUAUGCCCCAAUGCAUUGUAUCUCUCUGAUGUAGCCAAAGAGUUAAUUUUAAAAUGUACAUGCACUUAAACAAAUACAAUAUUUUAUAGUUCACAGUUGAAACCAUGUUAAUAUUGCCAAACUGUAAUUACCACACUGAAAAGCAAUUUGCUAAAAUGCUAUUCACAACCCACUAUUAAUAGUCUGUACCUAUCUCUUUGGCACUUAUGCUGAAUAAUUAUUUACCAAGCACUAAAAGCUCUGAAUAUUUUCAUCUCAAUAGUCUGUUUAGGAUUUUCGAUUUGUAAUCAGGUUGUUUCAUUUCAAUGAAGAUAUUAUUUUUACAUUUACUGUAAAAUUUGCUCAGCCAUUUACCAUUUUUGCCUAUUAAAUUAGGGAUAUUCUUUGCAUUUUUAAACAGUUCCAAGACAACUCAACAUAAUUUCAUUUAUUUUUAUUUUGCUAAGGGAAAGCAAUAAAUAUGACUUAAUGCUAAUGCAGUGUACAGUAUUUUCCAAUAUUAGUCUAGGACUAGAAAUGUAUUGUCUGAAUGGGAGUAUCACAUUCGUUAUUGAAGCAUCCUAUCACAUUCACACCUUCAUCAUAAACGUGACAACUUUAUAAGCCCAUAGUAUUCAAUUGUUUGGUUGCAUUUGUGUUUUGAAAACAUUUUUCAGCACUGUAUCAGAAAACUGAUCUUGUAAAUGAUUUCCUGUUAUAAACAGGCUGGUUUUAAAGGAUAUAUGUUUUGGUGUUCAAAAUGUUUGUAAAAUAUGGUAUAAAUGUAUAUAGUGUUUUUAUAGGAUUUUUUUUUUUUUAAUGCUUAUGUAGAUAUUAAAUGUCAGUUAGGUACACAUCUCUUACCUAAUGCUAAAAAACAUUAAAGGCCAUGAGUCAGAACUAAUUAAAAAAAAAAAAGAAAAAUUAAAUCUCAACCUUUUGCAUUAUAAAAUUGUUUGAAAUAUAAUUAAUUUGUAAUUUGUUGCUUUAAUCAGUUGUUUCAUUUAACUUUUUUUCUAUUUUUAUUUUUUUAUUUGUUAAUGAAUGUGAUUUGCACAGAUACUUAAUAGAAUUUUUUUUAAAACCAUGUCAAAUUGCCAAUUUUGCUUUGUGUUUCCUUCUCAAAUUUUGAGAAAUGAAUUAUGCAAAUGAGAGAGAUGGAGUACAUUUGUAGGAAUAUAGUUCUAGAACAAGGAAAAAAAGAGAUUGCCGUUCCAAUGUGUAUAUUGCUCUUUACAGUAUUAAAUAUUGUUUCUUUUUUUUUUUUCAUAAAAAAGUGUACAGCUUUGUAACUGUCAGAAUUUGAUAAAAUUGAUGGUUAACAAAUUUACAACUAAAA